AUUUUGUUGGCUCAAACAGACAUAUCCGGAAAGAUACUGGUCACGUCAAGUGUGACACGUCACUGGGCGCUUAUAGACAAGAUGAUCGAGAUGGCGGUAAGUGAUUGUUCGUACAUACCAACCACCACCUCGAGAAUCAUGUCUCAAGAAGCUAUGCGUGCCUGUCUGAUCAUGCCAUCCAGUGCAACCUGUUGGCGUCAAGCUAUGCGUGCAAAUGCGCGAAGGAAGCCGACUAUAUGCUUGCAAAAGCAAGAGAUCAAGACAGCGGAGUGCCCACCCAAAGAAAAGGCUGCGCAUACAACCAACACAGACAGCGAACGAAAUGACAACAGCGAAUGGGAGCGACACAAUAUCGACAUACGCACCUAAAAUCGGAGUCACCAUCACCAUAGAUGUCGUUGACACCUCUGCGGAAGCGGAAGCUGUCCCUCGCGGCAACGACAACCACGAAUGUGAGCGUGAGCAGCGUGCACAAUUAGUAUUGAUGUAACGUAGGACCCGUUCCGAGGGCAGAGAGAUUGGUCGAUCCUGCAAGGUCGGCCAUUCUAGCUGGUCUUGACGGUGUCCACCUCGACGAAGCUGAUGGCGGCCCAGCGAGACAUUG